GCGGCGGCGUAGCAGGUGUUCACGUGGGUCGCGCAGCUGUUCAGCGAGGUCACGAAUAUGAACGAGGGCGCUACGUGUGACGCGCACGGUCGCAGCGGACUCAUCACGACGUACAUCCAGUAUCAAGCGACUAUCCCGCGCCCGUCUCUCACGGACCGGGAUAUCGGACUACCCCUGCCACCCACCGUAAUGACGGACGGCUCCUGCAAGAUCUUGCACGAGGAGCUGGCUCUUCAGUGGGUUGUGGCGAGUGGUGCCACCAGAGAACUCGCCAUGCAGAACUCUUGGGCAUUUUUCGAGCUGAUGAUCAAAUCUAUGGUGGAAUAUUUGUACUGGAGCGGCGCGCACGAAGCGCCACGCAAGGCUCGCUUCCCGGAACAAUUCACAGAUGACCUCACCACGCUCGUCAAUAACGUCACUUCGGAGAUCAUCUCGGGAUACGGCAAGAACAGCCGGCUCACUCAGAGCCUGAACAACAGCCUGGCCUUCUUCCUGUUCGACCUGCUCAGCAUCAUGGACCGCGGCUACGUGUUCCUGCUCAUCCGCUCUUACUACAAGCAGAUGAGCGCCAAGAUCGCCUCGCUGCCAGAUGCCGUACCACUGGUGCAUUAUAAGCUCGCGUUCCUCCGCAUCAUCUGCUCGCACGAGCACUACGUGUCUCUGAACUUACCACCGUCGGCCGGCGGCGCCGCCUCGCCCGCGCCCUCCCAGCACUCCGGCUCGCACUCCUCGCACUCGCGCCGCAGUGUGUCCCACCAGGCGCCGCCUCCUCGCACUCGCCUGCCCAGCUCACGCACGAGUUCCGCUCGCGGCACUACCUCGCCGGCCUGCUGCUGGCCGAGCUGGCCGCCGCGCUGGAGCUGCAGUGAGUGUCCCACCAGGCGCCGCGUGUCCCACCAGGCGCCGCAGUGUGUCCCACCAGGCGCCGCCUCCUCGCACUCGCCUGCCCAGCUCACGCACGAGUUCCGCUCGCGGCACUACCUCGCCGGCCUGCUGCUGGCCGAGCUGGCCGCCGCGCUGGAGCUGCAGAGCCCGAUGCUGCAAGGCAGCGCAGUAGGCGCAGUAGUGUCUCUGCUAGCGGCGCACGACGCCGAUCCACGCCUGCGUGCGCCCGAGCUCAAAGCGCGCGUGGCAGCCCUGUACCUGCCGCUCGUGCAGGUGGCCCUCGACGCGCUGCCGCAGCUGCCCCGCGGCCUGGACAACAACAAAGAAAUACUCCAACUGGACAGUGACAUCGGUCAGUUUGGCAACUUCUACAAUACGACGUCGCCCGAUGGGGACUUUAAACAGACAGCGAAACCCCCGUUCAACAGCGAGACAUCCCGCAACUUACUUAUGUGUCUCGUGUGGGUCCUGAAGUGGAGCGACCGCGCCGCGCUCAGUGCUUGCGCCAGCGAGCUACCACCAGCCUCGCUGCACCGCCUGCUAACGCUCAUCGACCUGUGCUUCAAGUGCCAGGAGUACAAGGGCUGCAAAGAGAUAAUGAAGUGCGCGCAACAGAACAUCCGCAAGACAACUGACAUCAAGGCGAAGCUUGAGGACGUCAUCCUGGGCCAAGGGUCAGCCCGUUCCGACUUUAUUAUGCGACGCAAAGGCAACUCGUCAGCAAGCGGCUGCAAGCGCGAGCGCUGGCGUAAAGAAUGGUUCCGCGGCGGCGCGCGCUCGCAGCCGCUGUCGCCCGCCGCGCCGCCGCCCGCGCACGCCGCCGCGCUCGCCGCAGAAGUCGCGCUCACCCUGCUACACGCGCUCGAGACCAUCGUGCAGUCAUGCAGCAACUUAGAGCACGGCCAGAGUAUCUGCAGCGCUGCCUUACAAGUGGUGCUGCGGGCACUUCAACGCAACCAGAGCACCACCGUGCUACAACACAUGUUUGCCUCACUGCGCACUCUCAUCGUUAAGCUGGGCUGGUCCUGCUGCGGCGAAGAAUCGGGUAUCUGCCGAGUUCUGUUACGUCAUUGCGCUGCGCUAGCGCCACAAACACGUGCACACGCUAGUGCCACUCUCUACGCACUCAUGCGACAACAUUAUCAACUUGGGAACAACUUCAGUCGCGUGAAGAUGCAGGUGACGAUGUCGCUAUCGUCUCUAGUUGGCACGUCGGCCACCUUUAGCGAGGACGCACUGCGCCGCGCGCUCAAGACCGUGCUAGUUUAUGCUGAGAAGGACCAGGAUCUACACGAUACCAACUUCCCGGAACAG